AUGUCCUUGCAAAACUUCUCUAAUGAUGAAUACGCAUAUUUAGAAGAAUCACAGUUAUUACCAAAUGAAGAAUAUUUCUAUUCAUUAUCUAAAAAAUCACCCUUAUCAUUUGAUAAACAAUAUCCUUUAUCAUUAGAUAAAGAUCCAUUAUUAUUAGAUGAUGACUUUUCUUCGAAUAAGCUCUCAAUAUAUAGUAAACCUGUCUCAGAUGAAGAAUUUUCAGAAAGUUCGACUAAUUCCACUCAAAAUACAAUUACGGAGGAUAUCUUACAUGAAGCAGAACCACAAUUCCAAUUUUCGGGCAAAGACAUGGUUAAGCAAAAGCUAUUUGAAUCA